AUGACCUCACCAAUGAAAUACGUCCGAUAUGUCGCCAAACAUCCUCCCUCGGUCGGAAAAUCUGGUCUCAAAGUCUCCCAGAUUAUCCUCGGCUGCAUGAGCUUCGGCGACAAGAACUGGCAGCCCUGGCUCCUGGACAAGGAUGAAGCCCUCCCAAUUCUCAAGUACGCGUUCGAUCAGGGCAUCAAUACAUGGGACGUGGCCGAUACCCACUCCAACGGCAGGUCUGAGGAGAUUCUCGGCGCAGCCAUCAAGCACUACAACAUCCCUCGAUCCAAACUCGUCAUCAUGUCCAAGUGCUUCCAGCUUGUUGAUGAGGCAAAAGGCCCCAUUGAUCCCGCGGUUCUCACGAGCAACGACGGGCCGCGCAUUAACCAGGUCGGCCUGUCUAGGAAGCACAUUCUUGACGCUGUCGAGCACAGCGUUGAGCGCCUCGGCACCUACAUCGACGUGCUGCAGAUCCAUAGGAUGGACCGCGAUGUGCCCCCGGAGGAGAUCAUGAAAGCUCUCAACGAUGUUAUUGAGAGCGGCAAAGUUCGCUACAUCGGUGCUAGCUCAAUGGCGGCCUGGGAAUUCCAAAUGCUGCAGAAUGUCGCCAGAAAGAACGGCUGGCAUGAGUUUAUCUCCAUGCAAGGCUUGUAUAACCUCCUCUACCGCGAGGAGGAGAGGGAGAUGAACCCCUACUGCAAUGCCACAGGGGUGGGCCUCUUCCCUUGGUCUCCACUCGCGGCGGGCGUCCUUACGCAUCCCUGGACCGACCGCAGCGACUCUCGUGAACAGAAGGAUCCUUUUCUCAAGAUGCUCUUCCGCAACGGGGAGCAGGGACCGGACAAGUCUAUUGUAGGACGCGUUGAAGAGUUGGCAAACAAGAAGGGGGUUUCCAUGGCGCAGGUUGCUCAGGCUUGGCUGAUCUCCAAGGGGUGCAUGCCUAUCUGUGGCUUGGAAACGAAGGAGAGGAUCGACCAGGCUUUGUCGUCGCUGAAGGUCGAAUUGACAGCAGGCGAGGUCGAGUAUCUGGAGGAGCUCUAUGUGCCCAAGGUCCCUAUCCCUUUUUAG